GAAAAACCAACCCAACUCCCCCACUCCUUUCUCUAAAUCAAUUGUCUUCUUCACAUCCAACAUCUCCCAUCUCUCUCUCUCUCUCUCCUAAGUUUAUUUUUUCCUCUGUGGUCCUUCCCUCUUUAUAACUCUCUUAUCACUUCCCCCCCUUCUUCCUUCCUUCAAACCUUCCUCUCUUCUUCUUCUUCUUCUUCUUUCUCCACUUUCCAUAACCACUUUCCCUCUCUUCAUCCCUUUCUUUCCAAAACAAUAACUUAAUUCAACAUCAAUUUUACAACAUGUCUAGCAGAAGAUCAAGGCAGUCAAGUGCUUCUAGAAUCAGUGACGACCAAAUCAUUGAACUUGUUUCCAAGCUUCGCCAACUCGUCCCCGAGAUUCGCCAUCGCCGCCCCGACAAGGUAUCAGCUUCAAAAGUCCUUCAAGAGACUUGCAAUUACAUUAGAAAUUUGCAUAGGGAAGUUGAUGACUUAAGUGAAAGACUCUCUCAACUUCUAUCAACUAUAGAUUCUGAUAGUGCAGAGGCAGCCAUAAUUAGGAGCUUAAUUAUGCAAUAGGAUCAAGAACAAGAACAAGAGCGACAAAGCUAUUGGGUUUGGUAAUCAUAUAUAUAUAUAUAUAUAUAUAAUAUAAGAUAUUUAUAUAUAAGAUAUGAUGUUACUAUGUUAUCUAUAAGGGUUUCUUUUCUUCAUAUUUCCUUUUCUAGGUUUUUGGUCUCUUAGAUCAAAAAAGGGUGUAUUUUUCCAUGAAAAAGAGAAACGUCCCUUUAUUAUUAUUAUGCAUAGGGGAUGUAACUAAAAUGUAUAAUAGAAGGACUUACAUUAGUAAAGCCUUCUCUCUCUCUAUAUAUAUAUAUUUAUAUAUAUAAAGUUAUAUAAAUACACCCAAAAAAAAUGUACCAUCUUCUCACUUUUAUUAAUUGAGAGAAAUGAAUAUCUAA